AUGGGUUUUAGAGGACUCGCUAUUCGGGUUUAUCAUAAGUCUUAACAUGUCACUGGUGUUGUAUUUUGUGCGUGUAGUGACAUGGAGGAGUUGGUCCGGAGGAAGGGACAAAUGCUCAUUGCUUCGUUUGUGAGAACCUGCAUGUUUUACUACAGAUAUUUCACAUUGUAAAGGCCUUCUCUUGGAUGAAGUAUAAGUAGAUGGCCUUCCCUCCUUUACCAGAAACCCUCUUCCACUCAAGCCCAUUACUCUUCAUCAACUCUACCACUACCACUGAAUACCAAUAUCCUUUCAUACAACAUUUCAGUUUUAUCAAGAUAACAAUCAUGGGUUCAGUCGAAGCAAACGGCCAUCCUAAAGUCUUCAUCAAUGUCGGAGCCAAAAAUGUCCCCUUCUACACUCCUAUCCAAGACCCUCCCGCAGGAACCCCAUGGGAUGUUCAACCCGAAGGCAGCCUAUUCUCCCCCCUCAAGCUACGAGGUCUAACGCUCCACAAUCGUAUCAUCGUAUCACCAAUGUGCCAAUACUCUGCUAAGGAUGGCUACAUGACCCCAUGGCACAAACAGCACCUUGGAAGUUUCGCCGCACGUGGCCCUGGACUCAUCAUCACGGAAGUAAAUGCUGUGUCACCAGAGGGACGAAUCAGCCCUCAAGAUGCCGGUAUCUGGGAAGAUGGACAGCUUGAGCCUCUGAAAGAGAUUGUGGAUUUCGUUCAUAGCCAGGGUGCAAGAAUUGCUAUUCAGAUGGGUCAUGCGGGAAGAAAAGCGAGUACUGUUGUGCCCUGGCUGGAUCGCAAGAACACAGCUGUCAAAGAGGCUGGUGGCUGGCCUGACGAAGUGGUUGCACCAAGUGCAAUUCCCUACAGUCCAGAGUCUCUAACUCCCAGGGAGAUGACAAGCGACGACAUUGCCAGAUUCAAGCAAGAUUGGGUUGCUGCUGUGAAAAGGGCACUCAAGGCUGGCUUUGAUGCCAUCGAAAUCCACGCUGCACAUGGAUAUCUCCUAAACGCAUUCCUCUCCCCAGCCUCAAACCAACGAACAGAUCAAUACGGAGGAUCUUUCGAAAACCGCAUUCGUAUCCUUCUCGAGAUUGUUCAACUCACUCGCGAUAUCGUCCCCGAGGACUUUCCCCUUCUUGUCCGCAUGCCAGGAACAGAUUACCUCGAGUUUGAUUCAUCUUUGCCACAGUGGCACAUCGAAGAAGCCGCAAAGCUCGGACAAAUCCUCGCCGCGAACGGUAUUGAUCUGAUUGAUAUAUCAGGCGGUGGUUUGGAUAGUCGUCAGAAGAUUACUUCUGCCCCCGGGUAUCAAGUCCCGUAUGCUUCUGCCGUGAAGAAAGCUGUCAAAGAUACCGGAGUUGCUGUGACUUCAGUGGGGAUGAUCACCUCUGGAAAGCAAGCUCAGGGUUAUCUGAGUGAUGGCUCUGUGGACGCUGUGUUGGUGGGACGAGGGUUCCUCAAGGACCCCAAUCUUGUCUGGCACUGGGCGGAUGAGCUGGAUGUUGACAUCCACGUCGCUUCUCAAUAUGGAUGGGGUUUCGGAAUGACCCGUACUCACCGACACAGAAAGCACUAAACAGCGCGUACACUAUGCGGCCUCUCCUGUUCCUUUCAUUCAUAUAGACAACUUCGAUAUAGACGAUAAAUAGAGUCAGUAUGAAUCAAUACAACUGCUCAACAAAAUGUCUUGUUUAUGCUCGACAUCUUUCUAUGGAUUUCACAAACCUGAACAAUUCAUACAAUUCUCAUAGCAUGUUCCAAUGCAUCACAACUCAUGAUAUCCAGAUUGUCCCCAACCUUACGCAGCAUUGCUGCGAGCCCGACGCGUAGCCCUUAUCUUUUGCUGCGCCCUGGCCCUCUGUAACAUCUCAUCAUCUAUGCCCUGACGCCAUGAACAAUCGGAAGCAAAUUCACAUGUUCUACACUUGAAUGCUUCCUCUAUAUCGACGCCUCUUGCAUCGCGUUUACCUUUCCACCAAUCCAUAUAGUUAGCAAGAUAGGUCUCCAGAGCUUGUCUCGAAGCAGGAAAGUCGUGAAGAUCGAUUUCACGACCAUCGCUGCGGUGGACGUAUUGAACUCGAAGCAUGUGUCCAAGAGAGUGUUCGCCCUGAGGGAAGGUGAGCUCUAUCUCAUGCUCGACAAGAGGAAUGAGUUCGCGUAGAGUUCGAUACUGCAACAGAUCUGGUCCAGCUGAAGAAGAGCUCUGGAAACUCGAGGAAGGAUGUUCUUGGGUGAAUUCUGUUUCUGUUUCUGAUGCAUCCACGAAAAUCUCAUCAUGCAAGCUGCCGACUUGUGCGAUGAAGGUGUCUGAGAAGGUGUCAUCUGGAUCAAGUCCGUACCGUCGAAAGACCUUGAGGAAAUCCAGUUUUCCAGCAGCCAUACUAGACAAGAACUGAUGAUACAAAAGUAAUUGAAUCUUUGCAGGUCGUAUUUGAGCGUUGGAAACAGGAGAAAAUGAUCCGCGAGUCUUGACGUCUGCAAGAUAAAUCUUUGGCCCCGAGUCAUUCUUAUGAUUCGUGUUUUUCGGCGGAAAGUAGUCGGUCACCGAAGAUUGUCGUCCGGUCGUGUCAGACUCUUGACUAGAGAGUUCUGCUUCAAAUUCAGGAUUGGGGUUCUCGUAGCUCACGCUAUCGAUGACUCCAUUGACGAGGUUCCCAUCAAUCAUGCCCCAUACUUCGAGUUCACGAGUGAGUCCCGUGUCUCUCAAGGUUCUGAGUCCUUGAACUAGAUUCCACAGUUUGAGUCCAAAUGCAUCUUCCUUGGUCAUGAUGUCAAUUUGAACUGUAGUGUGGACUUCAUCCUCAAGCUUUUUGUGAACUUUGGUUCCUUGCUUCAUGGCUGCUGUUCUGGUUCUUCGACCUCCAGGUAAGCGGGUGAGAGUAUACCAGUACUGCAACUCGCACCAAGCACCAGACGUAAGAUCGGUCACGGUCAGUGGUCUCUUAGGAUAUGACCUGAACCGCUGCAGAGGUGAGCGGCCAUCGUCAUACGGAUCAGCCUCAUUUGCCUCAGUUGCUGGUGUUGGAGAAACACUUGGUUCUGAUUCUAGAGG